GAGGUUAGUUUUAGUAGAAUUUUAAGCCCGCACCCUUAUGUACCGGAUUUAAUCAAUAAUUUAAUACCCAAAAAAUUAAUUAUUAGAAUUUUUGUUCUUUUUUUCGAGUGAUUGUUUAGCGCCUCUUUGCAUUUUUCUCUCUCUUUACUAUUCGUUCUAUGAGAUAGUUUUGCUUUCACAAGAAUAAUCACUUGUUGACCUGCAGGCCGCUGCAGUUUUUUAUUUCAUCCUUAUCCAAGAAUUGCAGCUCGUCCACAUUGCUGUGUCAGGGAACUUCAUUGCAGUCAUCUACUUUAGUCUAGGGUGAUGAGUAAUGACAAACCAGUUUUGACGUCGGGUCCGCAGGAUGAUGUAUCGUAUCCCAUCAAAGUCCUCUACUGCGGAAACUGCUCUCUGCCCGUAGAGUACUGUGAAUACCACCCUGAGUACGAGAAAUGCAAACAAUGGCUGGAGAAGAACUUACCAGACGAAUUCGAUAAAUUAGUCAAAUUGACCGAUGGCGGUGGAGACGAGACUGAAGAGAAGAAACGGCAAAAACGUGGCGGGAAGGGAAUGGUAAAAGCCAAAAAGAAAGAAGAAGGUCCCAAAACUGUCACCGUUUCCCGAGCGCCAAGAGGCAAAAAGAAGUCCGUUACAGUCGUUACAGGUCUAGCAAAUUACGAAAUAGAUUUGAAAACUGCAGCGAAAUUUUUCGGAACGAAAUUCGCCUGCGGCUCCUCCGUCACCGGUGACAACGAAAUCGUCAUCCAAGGUGACGUCAAGGACGAUUUAUUUGAUGUGAUCCCUGAAAAAUGGCCCCAGAUUGAUGAGGACUCCAUCGAGGACCUCGGUGAUUUGAAAAGAUAAAGCUGUGUUUCUGUGUUUAGGUUAUUUUUUCUCGGAUUAACGUUUGAGGCUUUUAUGUAUCUUUGUCAACUGAAUAAUUGCUACUAUUAUACAAAAAUCUUGUCUUUUUUAUCCGUCGUUCAAUCAUUUUCUUUGCGAACUCUUGUUUUACGGGUGUAAGUAAGUUUAAUUUUUUAAAGUUAAAACUUGUAAUAAACUUUUGAUUUUUA